CGCGCGCACCGGCGUCUCUGGAGACCGUUAUCAUUAGCGGACGGCGUUUGCAGCUCAAUGGUGCUGUGUCGGUGUGUUGAUCAGAUCAGCUGGUGUUCGCAGUGAUGGAGGUGAACAGGGAUGAAGCGGAGCGUUGUAUUGAGAUCGCGUUAGGAGCGUUGGAGCGCGCGCAGCCCGAGAAAGCGCGCCGGUUCCUGGAGAAGGCGCAGCGUCUUUACGCGACGCGCCGCGCACAGGAUCUGCUGGAGUCUCUGGAGCCUCAGGGCGGGGGUCAGCAGAGGUCAGGGGUCACCAGUAACGGCGCGGCACCUGCCGACUCCAGUAAACCCUACACACCUGAGCAGGCCGAGGCCGUCCGGAGGAUAAAGCAGUGCAAGAGCUACUACGAGACCCUCGGCGUACAGAAGGAAGCCUCUGACGACGAGCUGAAGAAAGCCUACAGGAAGCUGGCGCUGAAGUUUCACCCGGAUAAGAACCACGCGCCGGGCGCCACGGAGGCCUUUAAAGCGAUAGGAAACGCGUACGCCGUUCUGUCUAAUGUGGAGAAGAGACGACAGUACGAUCAGUUCGGAGAAGAGCGGAGCAACACCGGCAGAUCCAGAGAGAACAACACACAGUUCGAGGCCGACAUCUCUCCGGAGGAUCUGUUCAACAUGUUCUUCGGUGGAGGCUUCCCUUCUAGUAACGUUCACAUGUACAGUAACGGCCGGAUGCGCUUUAAUCAGAAUCAGGGCGAGAGAGGAGAACACAGAGGGGGCGGUCUCGCUCUCCUCAUGCAGUUGAUGCCCAUCCUCAUCCUCGUCAUCGUCUCGGCUCUCAGUCAGAUCAUGGUGACCAACCCUCCCUACAGCCUCAGCUUCAGACUGUCAUCGGGUCACACACACAAACGCGUGACGGAGAAUCUGGGCGUGACGUUUUACGUGAACGAGCGUUUCUCUCAGGAGUUCAAGGGCUCGAGUCUGAAGCGCGUGGAGAACAGCGUCGAGGAAGACUACAUCUCCAACCUCAGGAACAACUGCUGGAAGGAGAAACAACAAAAGGAGGGUCUGCUGUAUCGCGCGCGGUACUUCGGGGAUAGCGCUCUGUUCCAGCGAGCGCAGCGGAUGGGGACGCCGAGCUGCUCCCGUCUCUCCGAGGUCCAGGCUUUACACGGAUAAUGAGGCAUCUCUGCACUGCCUGGUUCCAAAAACAAUCUCUCCAGUCUGGAAUAUGGAAGAACGCCAUACGGAUUGUAAAUACAUUUGGUGAAGAAGAAAAAAAGGUUGAACAUUUGCUACAACCAAUGAACUUGACUAGACAAGACCUACUGAGGGCUGAAAGUGUGUGUGUGUGUGUGUGUGUGUGUGUGUGUGUGUGUGUGUGUGUGUGUGUGUGUGUGGUCUGAACUAAAGUUAAUUCCACUAGACUCAUCCCCUUCCACAUGUCGUCAGAAUCAGCGUUGGCGUUAUGGGUCAGACUGGAGACCAGAUGAAGAUUUCUGCAUAUAUUUAUUUGAGUUUGUUUAGCUCAAGAUCACGUCGUUUUAAUAAUUUAUACUUGUAUGUUUGAUAUUUAUCUAUGCAGGGAUAUUACGAGUGUGCGUUCUACUUCAACAACAGAGAGUGUUAGGAGGAACUAAAGCUGCUGUCACAGGUCAUAUUUAUUGAAAGAUUGAAUAGGAAUAUUUAUUUCGUACGAAGGUUUAUUUUCUACAUGACUUAGUCGGAAUAUUUCAUCGCUGGCAGAGACUACGCUGCAAUUAUUUCACUCAGAAUAGAAAUAAAGAUUGAAUGUGCCACUGUC